GCCCUCCCUCCUACUACUUGCCUUCCAGAUCAGGUACCUUCCGGGCAUCUCCUUCCCUUCCCCGCGCCUCCUUCCUCCCUUCUCUCCUCCAAUUCAGAGCUCUGCUAGAUUCGGACGGAGCAGCCGCCUGCGCCCGGCGCCGAAUCCCGCGCUGCUUCCUGCUCUGCUCCGUCGUGAUUUGGGCAGAUUUCUAAGCUGAGUGGAGAUGGAAGGUACUGUUGUGAGGAGAGUGAUCCCUUCAGACAACAGUUGCCUCUUCAAUGCCGUCGGGUAUGUGAUGGAGCAUAAUAGAAACAAGGCUUCUGAGCUCAGACAGGUCAUAGCAGCAGCAGUUGCUAGUGAUCCUGAAAAGUAUAAUGAAGCAUUUCUUGGAAAACCAAAUGAAGCGUAUUGUGCUUGGAUUUUGGAUCCCGAAAAGUGGGGAGGUGCCAUAGAACUAUCGAUUUUGUCAGAAUAUUAUGGGCGUGAAAUUGCUGCAUAUGACAUCCAGACAACACGCUGUGAUCUGUAUGGUCAGGAGAAGAACUACAGCGAGAGGGCCAUGCUCAUUUAUGAUGGGUUGCAUUAUGAUGCUUUAGCAAUGUCUCCAGUUGAAGGAGCACCAGAAGAAUUUGAUCAGACCAUCUACCUUGUUGACCGAAACCGUUCCAUUGGUCCCGUAGAAGGCCUUGCUCUUAACCUAGCAAAGGAGGCACAUAGGAAGAGAAGCUACACAGACACUGCAAACUUCACAUUGCGCUGUGGCGUGUGCCAAAUCGGUGUCAUUGGCCAAAAGGAAGCCGUCGAGCAUGCUCAAGCCACUGGCCACGUCAAUUUCCAAGAAUACAAAUGACCAUAGAAGUUACACUACCUCUGUUGUUGUACACUCACUUGUUCCAUUUGUUUCCUUACACAGCAUUACAAAAAUAUUAUUUUCUUACAGAGUAAAUUUAAUAAUCUCCAGUUUGGAUGUUUGUAUUGCCUGUCAAUUUAAUAGUUAAAGAUCCAUCAAUCAAUGCAUGUAGUAGUACGAAGUAUGUUUGUUCUGAUUUUUUUUUCCUUCAAGUGGCCUGUACUGUGUCAUUUGAUAAAUAGAAGAAAUUUUUCUGCGA